UGGGAAGUAACCUUAAGCCCUGUCCAAACGAGAAAUGUUUGGCGACCAAACAGGAUCAAAUAUUGUUUGGUGACCACACAUGUUGAUGUUGUACAGAGUGGCCAAGUAGUAACAAACAUGUUUCAUCACCGUCCAAACGAACAAAAUGUUUUACAAUGUUUGAUCAACUGUUUGACGUCGUUCAAAUUUUACUGAUCAAACACGAUUCAACACGAUCAAACAAGGUGUCCAAACGGGAAAAUGUUUGGUCACCAAACAAUAUUUAAUCGUGUUUGAUGCCAAAUAUUUCCCGUUUGGAAAGGAUUUCAGUGUAUAUGGUACUGUAGUAUUCUUUCGCGGCAGUAAGAUUAAUCAGCUUGUCGAUUAUUGCGCAAUUUUGUAGUAAACUUUUCUUGGCACCGCGAAAUUAAUUUCUUUGGAGACUAAAUUAAAUUAACAGUCAUUAUAUGUGUAAUCUUUUCCGACCUUUGCAGGGUUUAAUCUUGCUGCACAGCUUCACUGGAUCUCUGAAGGUAGGUUUGUCUAGGCGCUGACGUAUGGAAAAAAGAUUCGGGCCUCUGUGCACUUGCUUGAUUGGACAACAAGCCUGGAUGGGGUUGCUGAAAUCUCAAUCAUUAUCAGUUGAAUUUUUCGGCGAUUAUUCUCAGCUAUAAAUUAAAAUUUCAUCCCAUUUCUCGGCUAUCAGUAAAUUUUGCAGAUCUCAGAACCUAGAUAUAAGCAAAGACACGCGUUACUUCUCAACUGACAGUUAAAAUUUUGAUGCGGCAAUUAAUUCUAGCACGUUCUCUUGAUCCCUUGAAAUUUCUCUUUUUUCUCCCUUGUUCCCUUUCACCAAAUUCUGUUGUUCCCUAAAAUUUCUUUGUCAAGGUUCCCUUUAUUAGUAGAGACAUCCCUUGUUCCCUCAAAUUAAUCUAAAAAUAUCCCUUGUUCCCUUGAAAUAGAUGAUCAUUUUCCCUUGUCACCCCAAACCCCUGGGCGGCUCCCAUAAGUUAAAACAUCCAGACCUCUUAAAACGGUGCCCUGGGAGCCUUUAAGGUUGUAUCGCGCUCCUUCCUUGUCCCGGGGCCCGGGUGGGGUACUCACAGAAAAACUGAAUGGAGGUGUGCGUUGAGCUUCUUGAAACAAUUACCCUAUCUCACACCGAUCAACAUUUUGAUGCCCUAUUGCAGACUUGACACUUCUAAAAACACUCAUACUAAACAUACCUAAUUCAAGGCCAGAGUGCACAAACUAUACCCUAUUUCAGAAGACAAUGGCUGAACUUCAUGCGCUAAAUCCUACUAAAACGGCUAAAAAACCAUACCCUUUGGCUAUACCAUACCUAUAUAGCUCAUUUAAGGGGGCACUCCCCGGAUACUUGAAUGUCUUGUUUCAUUAUGUAUUUUCUAUCUAUUUUUUUUUUACCAUGUUUAUGCGCUAAGAAACGGCUGUUGCAAAUAUUUCCUUUCUUUUCAGUUUGGAAAAGGAACGCGCCCUACGAAAUUGGUUAUCCGUUAUUGUACAGCACUCUAAUCGUUCUACCUGUGAUCCCGCUCCUGUGUUUUCUGAUACCAUCCAAAGAAUCUCUUUUACAGCAGUACGAAAAUGACCAAAUGGAAAGACAAAAGGAAACUGAAUCGGAAAAUGAUGAAGACGAGGAAGAGUGUUAUGUCCCUGCAGAAGAGCCCUGCCCUAUCACUCCCUGCAAAUCUCUUGUACUCUCCGACAGCGAUAGUUCUAUUGGAGAGAUACUGGUCACGGCAGUUGAACAAACCAAACCCGAGUUGUGUGCACCACGUGUUGCCAUAAAGACACCUUUGACAGACGAGAGGGAAGAAGGCGAAGUUACAGUGGCUGAGCAGUUCCCGGAUUUGACAACUGUUGAUACCGCUGACAGCUUCAUUCACAUCAAAGAACUAGCAGAGAGGAUUUUUCCCGAGGACACCUUGGGGUGAGUUUUCAUGAAGAAAGUCUUAUGAUAGCCUUUUUCAUACUUGAACCAACCAUCGCUUGUCUUGCACGGUAAGUGUGUUUCUAGUGUGAAAACGUGGACCAUCAGUGGACUAUUAAGUGGACUAUCAGCUAGUAUGUUGACUUGCCACUAGGCCGCCUUCACAACACUUUUACAUGGACUGUUAGUAUCAAGUAUUGGCUAUGGUUUGAUUGAAGAAGGAUUUUUUUCAUUUUUACAGAAAAACCUGUGUGAUGGUUGCCGCUGGUGCUGUUACUUCUUACGGAAUUUAUCGCCUUUUCUCGUAAGUUGAACUGACCUCGCCGUUCUGUAACGUUAAGCAAUGAACUAUUUCUAAUGCUACCGUUGGUAAGCCAAUUUAGCUACGGUAAUCACAUGACUGUAAUCACAUUUAAACGCGGGAAACGACGUCACGCGGUUUUUGUUCUAAUAUCCCAUUGGUCGAGAAGACAGUUUCUUUGGUUUGAUUGGUUAUAGCGCGUGACCAGAGUUUUCACGACGAGCCAAUGAACAGAGCGCUUCAGUCAUGAUCUUAAACAUGACACAGCCUGUAACGUUAUUCAAAGAAACAACGAUAAGAAAAAAGUCACUUUCUUUCGCUCUUGUAACUUGGUCAGUCAGACUUCUUACUUCUUCUUACUUCUUCCUUGGGUUGUCACGCAACGCUUAACCUGCAAAACAGGCGUAAUUUUUUUGCGUUAUUUUAGGCGAACAGAGGC